AAACAUCAGACAAGCAAACUACAACAAAAUAAUAAAAGCAAUUAUGACGAUAGAAAAACAGGCAAGCACAUUGACAUUUGCUAUAAUAGGCUACCACUAAAAACAGGUAUAGAGUGAUGGAUAAAAUAAAGAUGUAAUAAACUCCCUUGAACCUGACAGCUGUAACUCACGAUUCAGCAAUAAUACUGUGCCUAAAAGCUACACCUCCCCUAAUGCAUUAUAGGAUUACCACGCACCAGCUGACACAUGGCGAACACGGGUCUUUCGAGGACAUUGGGCUCAGGGGCAGUCUUCAUCUCUGCCCGGUGUGCGGUGGGUCCAGCCUCGGUUAUUGUUCCAUGGCAUGUGGCCUCGGUGGGUGGACGGACGGACGGUCCAUCCUGCUGCCUGUUGUUCAGCCCUUCCGCCAAUGAGAGCCGGGCAGCCGCUGAGCCCCGGUCCAAUGAGAGCAGCCGGGUCUGGGCUCUGCUGUUCAAUCUGUGAGGAGGACAACAACCAGCUCUCAGUGUACCGGAUGGAUGUAUGUUGGCGAUGAAUGAUACUGUCGGUGCAGGUGGUGACGGUGGACAUGGGUGGUCAAGCUGAAAGUUGCUUUUGAGUUUCCUGCAAAUAUUUUGAUGUAUUGAUCCACACCUGAUCAGGCAAACUAUUUUACAGAUGAGGUGCUGCAUUGUUACAGGACGUGUGUCCUUUCACUGAGGCCACAUGUGUAUCAGGAGAGAUGGAUCGUUGUAAGCACGUGGGGCGCCUUCGCCUGGGCCACGACCAUUCUGUCCUCAACCCACAGAAAUGGCAGUGUGUGGACUGCAGCACCACCGAUUCAGUGUGGGCCUGCCUCAAGUGCUCCCACGUGGCCUGUGGACGCUUCAUGGAGGAGCACUCGCUCAAACACUUUCAGGAGUCACACCACCCACUGGUUAUGGAGGUGCGUGAGCUAGAUGUGUUCUGUUUUGCCUGUGGAGACUAUGUACUCAAUGACAACGCAGAGGGAGACCUCAAACUCCUCAGAGGGGCGCUCUCCACAGUGCGCAGCCCAGGGAGACGCUCACUACGCUCAGCGACCGUGGGGGUUUGCACCCCCUGGGUUGGAGACACUGGGCCAAAGCCCGCCAUGCAGCUGGCCUCUCGUCACAGGAGGAAAGCACUUCUAGGGAAGAUGCUUCGGACAUGGAUCGGUAAACACCAGGAGCUGCAGAAUGAGCGGGAAGAGAAACUUGAGGAAGCUAGAAGACAAAAAAAAGAGGUUAAAAGGAGACUCAUGGAAGAGCUUGGCGGUGUCCCUCCUAGAAAGAGUGCUAGGCUUCUUACUCAGGCACCACGUUCAGCCAACACACUCAUUCCUCGCAAAUUUCGCGAACCUCCAGAACGCCUACCUCCUGCUUCCAAGAAGCCUUCCCUUCUUACCCUGUCCCGUAAGACUCCUCAGAAUGGCAAAGCUGCUAAACUGAGGAGGUACUACUCCUCUCACACAGUCACCCGCCGGAGACCUGCUCCAGGUGUCACUGGUCUGCGCAAUCUGGGGAACACAUGCUACAUGAACUCAAUAUUGCAAGUGCUGAGCCACCUGCAGAAAUUCAGGGAGUGUUUUCUCACUUUGGACCUGUGUGAGACUGAGGAGCUGCUGGCCAAGACCAACCAGGCCCAGGGCAUGACUGCCGUGACGGGUGUAGUCAGCAGUGGGACCGCAUCGCUGCCUGGGAGCCCUCUGGGACGCGUAGGUAAAGCCGGCAGUUGGAAUUUACCCGUGGGCAAAAAAGAAAGUGCUCCUCCUACCCCGCAGGCUUCAGAGUUGGUUCAGCCUAAGGAGCCUCGCUGCUCCACCCGCCAGCAGAUGUCUCUGUGCCAUGAGUUACACACACUUUUCAGGGUCAUGUGGUCAGGCCGGUGGUCCUUAGUGUCUCCAUUCGCCAUGCUGCACUCGGUGUGGAACCUCAUCCCAGCUUUCCGGGGCUACGACCAGCAGGACGCCCAGGAGUUCCUGUGCGAGCUGCUGGACAAGGUGCAGCAGGAGCUGGACACAGAGGGCUCCAAACGCAGGAUAGUGAUCCCCAUCACAAAGAGGAAACUAUCCAAGCAAGUGCUAAAGGUUCUUAACACCAUCUUCCAUGGGCAGCUACUCAGCCAGGUGACGUGUCUGUCCUGUAAGCACAAGUCUAACACAGUGGAGCCAUUUUGGGAUUUGUCUUUGGAGUUUCCAGAGCGAUACCACAGCAUAGACAAAAGCUCAGGCUCUACAGCUUACCAGCGCAGCUGCACCCUCAUUGAGAUGUUGUCCAAGUUUACCGAGAUGGAGGCUCUCGAAGGCAGCAUCUAUGCCUGCAACCACUGCAACAAAAGAAGACGGAAAACAUCCCACAAACCCUUAGUUCUGUCAGAGGCUCGUAAGCAGCUUCUGAUCUACCGUUUACCUCAGGUUCUACGGCUGCACCUCAAACGCUUCAGAUGGUCGGGGAGAAACCAUAGGGAGAAAAUCGGCGUCCAUGUGGCCUUCGACCAGGUUCUGAACAUCAAACCGUACUGCUGCACAGGCUCAGGUCACCCCGUCCACAGAGGAGGCUACACCUACGAUCUGUCUGCUGUUGUUAUGCACCAUGGGAAAGGCUUUGGCUCAGGGCACUACACCGCAUACUGCUACAACACAGAAGGAGGUUUCUGGGUCCACUGUAAUGACUCUGAGAUGAAGGUGUGCAGUGUGGAGGAGGUGUGCAACACUCAGGCCUAUAUUCUCUUCUAUACCCAGAGGUCUGCCUAGGUACCUCCCGCUGUGAUGUCGACCUGUAUCGGGCAACUUAAGGCUGCAUUUAUGAACAUGUUCUCUGAAGUUUCCCAGAUGACAUUUAACAAUCACUUUGAAGUAAAUUACUGAAAGAAAAAGAUAGUAACGGGGGCACUAGGACAGCCACAAUUAUGUUUAGGAGUAAAGGUGAACAUUGAAGCAUCCAGAUGAGAAAGACACUGUAAUAAAGACAAGCUAGGAAAAUCCUUGAAAUUAGUAACAUAUAAAUUAAAUGUUAUAAUGGCUGGUUUUUGAUUAUGUUCCAAAUCCAAAACCUUUUUAAAAACUAGGCCUGAGCUUUCUCGGCCUGCGGGACCAGCAUAGCAGUUUACUAUCCCGUAAACUGUGAGCGGUCCGACUCUGUCCUGCUGAACGCCAUGUUGUGUGUCUGUGUUUUAAAAACCAUCAGGCUCGUGUCUGUUGAGUCUGCGGCCCUCCUGAAACAGCAUUAUACAUUCAAAGGAAACGCAUGAUCUGGAUUUUAGAGCAUUUCUUUCACAAUAAUGUUGUCAAUGUGCCUUUUAUAUGUAACCGUACAUUUAAUAGCCAAUGCACUAAAUCAGGGAUGGCCAAAUGCGGACCAUAUUGAAUCGGCCCUCAGCAAAUUCAAAAAGUAUAAUGGAAUAUGGCCCACAAACUUUUGCUGGUCUUAUAUUGUACUUCUUAAAUAUAUAUGUACAAAUAUAUUACACAGUAGUAUUUGUGUGUUAAUAAGCCCAUUUUUCAAAUAAAUUCAGUCGAUUAAAGUUGGAAACAUUUUCUAACAAAUCUAAGUUGAUAAGAAAAAAGCCCAGUAACUUAUUUACAUAACCAGUUUGAAAUAGACCCUUAAUAUUUCCUCUUAUUAUAAGCAAUCUGAGGCUUCUGUUUUAAGGGAUGAGCUGCCAACACUUUUUGUAACAAAAUAAAUGAAUUUACCUUCAUUUGAUUGAUUUCGCUAACUUGUAACUGAAUUUAUGAGGCAAUAUACCUCACCUCUAGCGAGUGGCCCAGCCCUUCGUAUAUUUUUCUGUAUGUGGCCCUCGGUGAAAAACGUUUGGACACCCCUGCUCUAAAUACUAUAAGAGGUACAUCGUUCAACAUCAUUGUGAAGGUCCAAUUAAAUGAAAUUAAUCUAAAGUCCAGCCUCUGUGUCGCCUAGGGCUGCUCGAUUAUGGCAAAAAUCAUAAUCUCGAUUAUUUGGGUCAAUAAUUGAUAUCACGAUUAUUAAAAACGAUUAUCCAUUUCCUUUGAAAACAUCCAUUUAUUGAAAAAAAAAAAGUGAACAGUAUGUUUUUAACAGUUGAUUACCCUGAACUUUAAGUGUAAUUCAACUGAAAGACCAAUAAUUAAAAAAUUAUCGUUUUAUUUCGAUUAUGUUGUUUUCAUAAUCGUUGCAAGCCAAAAUCGUAAUUGCGAUUAAAAUACGAUUAAUUGAGCAGCCCUAGUGUCGCUUCCAGCUUUUUUUUUAAAUAAUCGUGAAAUGUCAGUUCGGGAAUCAUUUAAUACUCCUCCCUGUGUCGUUUGUACUUCAUCACGUCCUCUCCUCAACUGUUCCGCUGUGACUGGAUACUGUGUUUUAGGCUGAAGGCCUGCGCUCUCAGUGAACAGGAAGAGUUUUAGUUUAUUUUGUAGUCAUUCUAUGUUUUCAUGAAAACACUUCAUUGAUGAUAAGUGACAGAAAGCUGCACUUUUGAGGAGGGGCUGCUGUCGUUGGUCCAAUCUUUGUGAUUGUUCAUCUUUUAGCUCCUGUAUCUUGUUUAAAAUGGCAGCUCCCCUUGUGGUGUAACAUUAGAUAGUCUGAGCCCAGGUUGGAGACUUUGCGCCUGUGUUUGAACGGCAGGAGAUGAUUGGAGGAGUGAAGGGGCGGACUGCAGUAGAGAAUGUGUCUGGGUACCCAUUUUGAGUUGAGCACCUGAAAGCAAUAUAUUGUACUUCUUGCAUCUUGACAGGAAAUAAGAUAAAAUCAGGAAUUAUUCUGCUUGUUAUACAAUGUUUUUUUCUACUCUGCUGUUUCUAUCAAGGUCUUUAGAAUUUGCUAGGUAAUCAAGAAAAACUGUCGUGUUUGAUACGAGUCAAACGCGGAAUACAUUUGUGAACUCUAUGUUAAAGUUGGAACAAUCUAAUGACGAUGAAUGUCUUACUUUUCAGUGGUCAGGCGCGGCCGUGCCAGCGGCUCUGAUCCCCCUGAGUUCUGUCGUGUACUGUAAGAAUACCUGUCAUAAAUGUAAUGGUCAUAUGGGUUUCGCCUGAUGGUAAUUAUUAAAAAGACAAAACAAAUGUGAAA